AUGCAUAGUUAUAGCACAGCCGUUUCUACACUUCAUGAACUUCGAAAGUCGGGCGAAAGGAAGCCUGAUUUAGUUGUAUCUCUAGGACAAACAUUGAUUGAUGGUGGACUGACCAGGAAACUCGGCGACGAAGCGUGGUCCGUGUAUGAACAAAUUUUCAUUGCUGCCCUUGAUGUCGGAAGAGAUGAUUUGGCAAAGACAUGCCUCGAGCGUUUGGAAAAGAGGUUUCCAGACUCACCCAGGGUAGAGCUGUUGUUGGGUAUGAAAUAUGAAGCGGAGAAGAAACUCGAUCAGGCACUGUCUAUUUACGAAAAAAUAUUGAACGAGGACGAAACCAAUAUGCCAGUUGAGAAAAGAAAGAUUGCGUUGUACAAGACAAUGGGACAUAAUCAGGAAGCUAUCAAUGCUCUAGUGAGAUUUCUCGAUGUUUACUACAACGAUGUUGAAGCAUGGCUCGAAUUGGCAUCGCUGUAUCUACGUCAGCAUCUGUAUCAACAAGCCGCAUUCUGUCUGGAAGAAUUAAUUCUGCUUCAGCCACAGAAUCACUUUUAUCAUUUGAAGUAUGCCGAAGUGUUAUACACCAGUGACAAUAUCCCAUUGGCAUUGAAGGAAUAUUGUAGGGUCAUCGAGCUGUGCGAUGAUUAUGUGAGAGCGUUAUAUGGAAUCAAACUGUGCACGUAUAAAUUGCUUAAUGCAUCAUCAUCCGCAUCCUCUUCAAAGAUAACGGGAAACACCGAUUCCCAUACGUUAUCCGUUCUCAACGAAUUAGCAACCGAAAGAUUGCUUCACGUUUACAGUCAUAAAAAAUGCUCAAAGGUUAUAAAAGAUGUCGUUCGAGAAUGGUUGCAGAAUUACUAA